GCACUUUGUUGUACGUCGCUCUGGAUAAGAGCGUCUGCUAAAUGCCUGUAAUGUAAUGUAAUGUAAUUUGUGUCCCUCACAGCAAACUGGGUUCUGUGCUCCAACGUGCCUUCUACGGGUCCAGUGGGAAGGUGACCCUCUUCGAGCAGCGUAACUUUGCCGGCCGAAGGCUGGACUUGAGUUCUGACUGCCAGAAACUAAGUGAGAAGAACUUCCCAGACAGAUGCAACUCUGUGCAGGUGGAAAGUGGAGCAUGGAUAGGUUAUGAACAUGAAAACUUCCGCGGGCGGCACUACCUGUGGGACAUGUCUGACCGGGGAGAGUACAACUGCUGUGAUAAGUGGGGUGGUCAGGUGGACCAUAUCUCCUCUGUUCGCGCUGUCAAACAGGAUACCACCGCAGCCAGGGCACAGCUGUUUGAGCGGGCCGGGUUCUCAGGGAGGAAGACCGAGCUCCAUGACGACAUCCCCAACCUGAUGAGCCGCUACAGUCUGAACAGGGCUGCCUCCAUCCGGGUCCUGGGCGGGGCCUGGGUGCUGUACCAGGAACCCAACUACAGAGGUCCCCACUACGUGCUGGAGAAGAAGGACUACAACAACCACUCCGACUGGGGCGCCCAGGGGAACACGGUGGGCUCCAUGCGCCGUAUCCGAUUCAGCUGAGCUCCUACCCCACUCCCCCAGGUGGAGACCUCCAGCUGAGCUCCUACCCCACUCCCCUAGGUGGAGACCUCCAGCUGAGCUCCUACCCCACUGCCCCAGCCCGAGACCUCCAACGCCACCACGCAC